AUGUCCCUUGAAUGCGCACAGGACGAGAAUGCGGGACCCCUGCGCAGCCUGGAGCUAGCCAACCGCACACGCUUCCCUUUUUUCUCCGACGUCAAGGGAGACCACCGGCUGGUAUUGAGCGCCGUGGAGACGGUCGUGCUGGCGAUCAUCUUUGCGGUGUCGUUGUUGGGCAACGUGUGCGCCCUGGUGCUGGUGGCGCGCCGACGGCGCCGCGGCACCACCGCCUGUCUUGUGCUCAACCUCUUCUGUGCAGACCUGCUCUUCACCAGCGCCAUCCCGCCAGUGCUGGUUGUACGCUGGACCGAGGCCUGGCUGAUGGGCCCGGUGGCCUGCCACCUGCUCUUUUACGUGAUGACCCUGAGCGGCAGUGUCACCAUCCUCUCGCUGGCCGCCGUCAGCCUGGAGCGCAUGGUGUGCAUCGUGCGUUUGCGGCGCGGCGUUCGGGGCCCCGGGUUGCGGGCGCAGGCUGCGAUGCUCGUGUUCAUCUGGGGCUACUCUGCGCUCGCUGCGUUGCCCCUCUGCGUUUUUUUCCACGUCGUCCCGCAGUGGCUCCCAGGCGCUGACCAGGAAAUUCCAGUUUGCACACUGGUUUGGCCCAGCAUCGCAGGAGAAAUCGCUUGGGAUGUGUCUUUUGUAACAUUGAACUUCUUGGUACCAGGCCUUGUCAUUGUGAUCAGUUACUCCAAAAUUUUACAGAUCACAAAGGCAUCCAGAAAGAGGCUCACAGUGAGCCUGGCAUACUCAGAGAGCCACCAGAUCCGCGUCUCCCAGCAGGACUUCCGGCUCUUCCGCACGCUUUUCUUGCUCAUGGUCUCUUUCUUCAUCAUGUGGAGCCCCAUCAUCAUCACCAUCCUCCUCAUCUUGAUCCAGAACUUCAAGCAAGACCUGGUCAUCUGGCCAUCCCUCUUCUUCUGGGUGGUGGCCUUCACAUUCUCUAAUUCCGCCCUCAACCCCAUUCUCUACAACAUGUCACUGUUCAGGAAUGAGUGGAGGAAAAUUAUUCGCUGCCUCUUCUUCCCAGAAAAGGGAGCCAUUUUUACAGACACAUCUGUAAGAAGAAAUGAUUUAUCUAUUAUUUCCAGCUAA